ACUGAAAACCGAACGAAAAUGUAGACUUCAUGCUGUAGUGUUUCUAGUGCUGUGAAAAAACCAAAAUGAACAAAAAGUCGGUCAGCUCGCCACCAGGCGACCAGACGUGCGGGCAAGUAAGCAGCAGUGAGGAGGCGACACCGGAUUUCUCGCCCGAGCUGUCGUUCGACGAGUUGAGGAACAAAUUCGACACUAGCGCCACGGUGGCGAGGCGGGACAUUACUGCGAACCCUGCCUCGCAUAACAGCGCGAUGAGGCAGGUCGUGAGCGGAAAGCUGUUCAAGAAAUGUAAGAGCGCGACCUUUCAGAUAGAUGGCGCUACAUACACUAUCGUGGCGAGUCCGCCGGGCGGCGCGGGCGCGCCGCGGGAGGAGGCGCCGCGGCCCCCUCCGCCCCCCGCACCGCGCAACGGCACCCCUAAACAAGGUGGCCUCACGAUAGUGCGGCGCUCCUCAAGCCGCCACAAGAGCGAAAGCUGCCCCACGCCCACUGACGAACAGUUAGACCAACUGAGCCUCGACACUGAUCACUUGCCCGCCGUCGACACGCCUGACGCAUGCGACAAGGCCGCACUUAGAUUACGCUAUCUCCUUAGACAAUUAAAUAGAGGCGAAAUAUCAGCAGAAACACUACAAAAAAACUUACAGUAUGCGGCCAGAGUGCUCGAAGCAGUGUACAUAGAUGAAACCAAACCGGCCGUGGCGAGGCAGCAGUCGGCCCCAACCCUGGUGUUUAGGAGAUUGGCGGACGAAGAUGACGAGUUGUCGGAGGUGCAGCCUGAUGCGGUGCCGCCAGAGGUCCGGGAGUGGCUGGCGUCGACGUUCACACGUCAGCUGGCGACGGCUAAGCGGAAGUCGGACGAAAAGCCCAAGUUCCGGUCGGUGGCGCACGCGAUCCGCGCCGGGAUAUUCGUGGACAGGAUAUACAGGCGGGUGACGAGCACCGCGCUUAUGCAGUUCCCGCAGGACGUCGUCAGAGUGCUGAAGACGCUUGACGAGUGGUCAUUCGACGUGUUCGCGCUGUUCGAGGCGUCCGCGGGGGCGCCACUCAAGUACCUGGGCUACGAGCUGCUCAACCGAUACGGGAUGAUACACAAAUUUAAGGUCCCUCCAACGAUCCUAGAAAGCUUCCUCAGCAGGAUAGAAGAAGGCUACUGCAAGUUUAACAACCCCUACCACAACAACCUACAUGCGGCGGACGUCGCGCAAACCGUACACUACAUGCUUUGCCAGACAGGACUUAUGAACUGGCUAUCAGACCUGGAAAUCUUCGCCACGCUGGUCGCGGCGGUGAUCCAUGACUUCGAGCACACCGGCACCACGAACAACUUCCACGUGAUGUCCGGCUCCGACACGGCGCUGCUGUACAACGACCGUGCCGUGCUUGAGAACCACCACAUCAGCGCUGCCUUCAGGCUAAUAAAAGACGAGGAAUGCAACAUUCUUCAGAACCUGUCGCGCGACGAGUUCCGCGAGUUCCGCACGCUCGUCAUCGACAUGGUGCUGGCAACCGACAUGAGCUUCCACUUCCAGCAGCUGAAGAAUAUGCGGUCAUUACUGACGCUGGCCGAGCCUACGGUGGACAAGUCUAAGGCGGCGUCGCUGGUGUUGCAUUGCUGUGAUAUUUCCCAUCCUGCCAAGAGAUGGGACCUGCACCACCGAUGGACGAUGAGCCUCCUCGACGAGUUCUUCCUCCAAGGCGACAAGGAACGCGAGCUAGGGCUGCCCUUUAGCCCCCUUUGCGACCGGAACAACACAUUGGUCGCGGAAUCCCAGAUCGGGUUCAUAGAGUUUAUUGUAGAGCCCAGCAUGGGGGUGUGUGCUGAUAUGUUGGAAUGCAUCCUUGGGCCUCUGCACUCUAGCAGCAAGACUGGCGCUAGUCAAGAACCGAUUAGUGAAGACGCUCCGGGGAAAAUCGUUAACGAGACCAGCACAAAAUUCAAGAUCCGAAAGCCGUGGGUCGCCUGUCUCAGUGACAACAAGAAAAUCUGGAAGGAGCAAGCUGCUAAAGAUGCAGAGGCCCGAGCCAAGGCCGAAGAGGAAGCCAACAGCCCCCCAGCUCCUGCGCCGACAGAAGAAUAAUAUUUAGCCACAUUUGUAAAUAGCGUUAAAUCUAACUGUUACAACAUGUUCUCUUCGCUCUUGAAGAAAACUUAAAUUUCCGUUGUUUGUGUGUAAAAAUGCUUGCAGUAAUUAAACGUCGCUGCGUUCGAAAUUUAAAUAAGUACCUGGCAACAUUAUCGCUUCUUGAAAGUACUAGCUCGCGUUUUCAUGUUUUUGAAAUCCAAGCCUAGUCAGCUCUCUCUUAUGCGUCCGCAACAUAGCACCUUAAUAAUAUCAACGUACCUCUUUCUAUGUACUGAAAAUGCGCGAAAUUCUGAAAAUGUACGUGUUAGCAGCGUGUCAC